AGAAUUUCCACAGUUUAUGGUGGAUAAAAGAAUCAAUUUGAAUGUGCGACAAGUGCGAGAGCGGAAGUCGGACAGUUGAUUCGCCAAUUUCGAUCUAUUUUAGCCCCUUACGUUAACAUGCGAUAGUUUCCGACUAACAUGUGGCCUACCCGAUGCAUUGAUAACAUCCCACACACUAAAUUCACUUAUCUCUUUGAGCGGAAAUUUCAUAUAAGAGAGUUCUAUCCGGCUGUUUUGCAGCAUCAACUCCCACUUUCACUCUUCUAAGGACUUCACAGCGAACGGAGAAAUUAUUAUGAUUGGCAACACAGAUGGAUCUUCCGAAUCACCGUUGCCCAUCAUGGCCUCUUGGGCGGCAGGCGCAGCUCAACCAAAAAAGUCGGAUAUACUGUGGCAUGCCCAGAACAAACACAUUAUGCAUUCGGUCGUCAUUACCCUCUCUCACAUUAAGAUGUACUGGUACGAAAAGUUCCUCGAGAAAAAUCCACAGCUUCGCCCUAGAGUAAGCAAGUCGGAUUGGCAAAUUAUCGCAAAGAACAAGCGUGACUUAGUCAAUGGAUUGAUCCCUGAAAAUUGGCGGUUAGACUCGAUACCCUCCGUCAUGGAACAAAAAGAUGUAACAGGCGAUUACAUUCAGCAGUUUCUCUCUAUUCGAGAAAUUGAAAUUACUGAAACGGACGCUGUAGGAAUAGUGAAUAAAACGACAAGUGGCGAAUGGAAAUCGCGGGAAGUUUGUGAAGCUUUUUGUCACCGCGCAGCUUUAGCGCAUCAAUUGGUUAGUACUUGAGAUUUCAAUUUCGAUAAGGAUAUUAAUUUUUUUGGUGUAGGUCAAUUGUUUACAUGAAAUAUUCUUUGAUGAUGCCAUUUCAGAAGCACAAAAACUUGACGAUUAUUUUGCCGAGCACAAAAAGCCACUUGGUCCACUACAUGGGUUACCAGUAAGCUUGAAAGACCAGUAAGUUCAGUCCUUAUGUGUGGAUUAAGUUUCUCACAAGUCUCUAGGUUUCAUGUCAAAGGUGUCGAAACCACUAUGGGCUAUGUAGGUUGGAUCGGAACCUUCGAAGGGAAGAAAGGUACGGGAAAAGAGCGAGUGUUCGAGAGCGAAAUGGUCAAAGAGUUACGUAAUCUUGGCGCAAUCAUGUUUUGUAAAACUACCGUUCCUCAAACCCUUAUGGCAGGCGAGACUGUCAACAAUAUUAUGGGCACCACAGAGAAUCCUAAGAACAGAUUAUUAGGACCAGGUGGAAGUUCAGGAGGCGAAGGGGCAUUGAUAGGAUUGAGGGGAAGCCCGGUAGGAUUUGGAACUGAUAUAGGAGGAAGCAUUCGUAUUCCAGCGGCUUUUAAUGGUCUUUAUGGUAUCCGUCCUUCGGCAGGUAGAAUGCCAUACGAAGGCAUGGCCAACAGUUUGGCUGGACAAAAUACUAUUUUAUCUGUUGUGGGGCCAAUUGCCACUACAGCUCGAUCUUUAAAAUUGGUCAUGAAGAGCAUCCUUAGUGCUCAACCUUGGCUUCAUGAUCCAUUAGUGUGUGAAAUACCAUGGCGUGAUGAACAAGAACAAAUGGUUCUUGAUGCUAUCAAAUCUAAUGAAGGUGGUCAAUUGGCUUUUGGAGUCUUCAAAUGCGAUGGAGGUGUUGCUCCUCAACCUCCUGUUGCUAGAGCCAUUGAUAUUGUGGUUAAUACGGUCAAGAGACUUGGACAUAAGGUUAUUGAAGUAAGUAAAAAGAUAUGAAUCAUGAUCAAACAUCCUUCGUAUUUUUAAAAACGGUCGCUAAUUACGAGAAUUUAGUGGGAACCACCUUCUCAUCAACGAGGAUGUGCUAUAGGAGUGAGUAUCCUCUACCUCUAUCUACAUGGCUAUAUUUUUAACAAUUCAUCAGAGUAAAGCAUGGUCUUUUGAUGGAGGAAAAGAUGGUUUGUCACCUUCCAAUGUUCUAGCUCUCCGUUCCUGAAGUUAACAAUUCACAGUCCACGAAGCCCUAGCACUUUCCGGCGAACCCAUGAUUCCUCAAAUCCAAGGUCACUACAGUGUCCUUAAACCCCAAAUGACCGGUUUCGACAUCGCAGCCGUCAAUGUCGAAAAACGAGAAUUCCAGAAAGAAUACAUGGAAUAUUGGAACAGCACCGCAGAACUUACUGGUACCGGGCGGCCAGUCGAUGCUGUUAUCACACCUUUGGCUCCUAUGCCUGCGAAUAUCUCCAUGACGUUUGAUUAUAUAGGUAGGUACUUGUUUCAUUGAUUUUGAUUUUGUAAUCUUACAUAGAAGACUGACUUGUAAUUACUCAGCAUAUUCUACAUUCGUCAAUCUUCUCGAUUACAGCGCGGCGAUAUUACCAGUUACGACGGUGGAUAAAAAUAUCGAUCUUUUCGAUCAUGCGUAUAAACCUUUGAAUGACGAGGAUAAAAAGGUUUGGAAAUGUUGUAUGUUAUGACUCAUUUUUUUUGGGUUUUCAAUUUCUAUUAUCUUGCCAUGACUUGACUGUAUGAAGAAAAGAAAAGAAAAGCUAACAAGAAUCAGAUGAUCCGGAAAUUUACGAUGGUGCGCAUGUUUCGGUGCAAAUUGUUGGGAGGAGGUUUCAGGAGGAAAAGAUUAUUGCUAUUACUGGGAUGUUGGGGGAAGCGUUGGGGAAGUAGGUCGGGAGAUGUUCUACAGAGGGAAUUGAAGGGAAAGGGAAGAGAAUUUGAGAUUAUGAUUGAAAUUGCAUCGCAUUGCAUUGCAUCGUAUUGGAUUGGUUUGGUUUGAGGAUUUUUUUGGUUGUUGUCUUUGUCUUUGGAGUAUGAAGUUCUAAGAUUAGUUAAAUUGGAUGGUAUGAUUGAAAUUA